CUCCAGGACCCAGCAGUGUCCUCUGUCCACUGCCCUAGGCUGUCCCGACCCCACCCUCACUGUGAGCCCCUAACUCAGGAUUCAGGACCCAGGGGCCCCUCCCCACCCCAGCGAACCUCUUCUGGACCAGGAGAGACAACCCAGGUCUCGCUACCUCCAUGCACGCUGCAGACAGGAUGAGGGCCAGAGCUGUGCCGGGCCUUCGGCGGGCGCUGCUGUUGCUGCUGGUGCUGGGGGCGCCUGAGGCAGGGGUGCAGGCGGAGGACGGGCUGGACUUCCCCGAGUACGACGGAGUGGACCGUGUGGUCAACGUCAAUGCAAAGAACUACAAGAACGUGUUCAAGAAGUACGAGGUGCUGGCACUGCUGUACCACGAGCCCCCGGAGGACGACAAGGCCUCGCAGAGACAAUUUGAGAUGGAGGAGCUGACCCUGGAGUUAGCAGCCCAGGUCCUAGAAGACAAGGGUGUUGGCUUCGGGAUGGUGGACUCUGAGAAGGAUACAGCUGUAGCCAAGAAACUAGGACUAACUGAAGAGGACAGCAUCUACGUGUUCAAGGGAGAUGAGGUCAUUGAGUAUGACGGGGAGCUUGCUGCUGACACCCUGGUGGAGUUUCUGCUCGAUGUCCUAGAGGACCCUGUGGAAUUGAUUGAGGGUGAACGAGAGCUGCAGGCGUUUGAGAACAUCGAGGAUGACAACAAACUCAUUGGCUACUUCAAGAACAAAGACUCAGAGCAUUACAAGGCUUAUGAGGACGCCGCAGAGGAGUUCCACCCGUACAUCCCCUUCUUCGCCACCUUCGACAGCAAGGUGGCAAAGAAGCUGACCCUGAAGAUGAACGAGAUUGACUUCUAUGAAGCCUUCAUGGAAGAGCCCGUGACAAUCCCAGACAAGCCCAACAGCAAAGAGGAGAUCGUCAGCUUCGUGGAGGAGCAUAAGAGAUCGACCCUGAGGAAACUGAAGCCUGAGAGUAUGUAUGAGACCUGGGAGGACGACCUGGAUGGAAUCCAUAUCGUGGCCUUUGCAGAGGAGGCUGACCCCGACGGCUAUGAGUUCUUAGAGACUCUCAAGGCUGUGGCCCAAGAUAACACUGAAAACCCUGAUCUUAGCAUCAUCUGGAUUGACCCUGAUGACUUUCCCCUGCUGGUUCCCUACUGGGAGAAGACCUUUGAUAUCGACCUGUCAGCCCCGCAAAUAGGAGUCGUCAAUGUGACUGAUGCUGACAGCAUAUGGAUGGAGAUGGACGACGAGGAGGACCUGCCCUCGGCCGAGGAGCUGGAGGACUGGCUGGAGGACGUGCUGGAGGGCGAGAUCAACACAGAGGACGAUGAUGACGACGACGACGACGACGACGAUGAUGAUGAUGAUGAUGACGAUGACUAGCUGCUAUGACAACCAUCCCUGUGCCCCACACGCUCUCCUCAGGCUCCCUCCCGCCUUCCCUGAAGUCCUCCAGGGAUACUAGGUCAUCUUCUGCCAUAGGGCCCCAUGGGGUCUAUAUGCUGAGUGCUGGGACCCUGGCCCCCCUCACCUGCUGAGGAAAGGAGCUACUUUUCCCUACAAAACAGCCCAGCUAUCUCUGACUUCCGUCUCCUGUCCCACAGUGUCCUGUAUCUAUCCACUGCUCCCCAAACUCUUUCUUGUAAUUUUUCCUCUUGCCAUAUCUCUGGGCCCCGGUCUCUCUUCUGUUCCCGCCAUCUGUGCACACUCUUCCCUCACUCUCUCAAAUCCUAUAUCCUCGUGACUGUCCUCUCCCUGGCCAAGAGGAAGGGAGGGCACUGUGUUUGGGGCUGUAUCUCAGCAAUCUUUUGUUAAUGUAUUUGGGUCAAACAAGAAGCCUCAAUAAAAGAUCUGGGGCAGCUGAGCAAGUGUCUGCUGGUAAGGUCUCACCCCUGUGGCAGGAGGGAGCCAGCCACAGGGGGUAGGUUAGGUGUGAGUGCCUUUUAAGGGGCUGCCAUGUGGGGGUGGGGGGAGGUUGGGCUCC